AAUCCCUCACCAUACAACAUGCAGUAACAAGUUGCAUCGCUCGCAGAGGACCGGAGCGGAAGCGCCCGUAUCGGCUCGGCCGUUUCCGGCGUGCCGACAGAGCUCGACGGCCUUCGUGACGACCUCCACGACUCACCACUCAUUCUCUCGCCAUGGCCUCAAAAGCAGCCACUGCAGCGGUGGACUUCACCCGUGUCUACACCUCUCUCGGUCUUUCCAAGGAGACCGUCGCGGCUCUUCAGGCCUUCCGCAAGCGGCACGCGGACGCCCAGCGCGUCCAUGCGCACGCUGCAGCGCAGCCCACCACUGUUGACUUCGCGCACUAUCGCUCGCUCCUGAAGAACAAGGCUAUCGUGGACGAGGCUGAGAAGACCGUCAGCGGCUUCAAGCCCGUCACGUACGACGUGAGCGCGCAGCUCAAGGCCAUCGAGGCGUUCGAGGCGAAGGCGGUCGCGAAGGCGAAGGAGACGACGGAGAAGAUCGACAUCGAGCUGAAGGACCUCCAGGCUACCCUCGCUAACAUUGAGGAUGCACGACCCUUCGAAGACCUCACGGUGGAGGAGGUUGGCCAAGCGCACCCGCGCAUCGUCGAGGCCGUCGAGACCAUGAUGAAGAAGGGCAAGUGGACCGUGCCGGGUUACAAGGAGAAGUUCGGCGAUCUCUCGCUCAUGUAAUUUGUCGCUACGAUGCUUUGCCAAUAGAAGUCGCAGCCGCAUAAUAGCCGCACAUCAGAUUGGUUAUCCUCACCUGCCAUCCCCUGUGCGAACUUGCCCAUCGUGGACCUGUGCGUAGCUGCAGAUUCUGCAAGCGCAGUGCCGUACUCGCCUCAUCUGGGCGAUCAGGGCUCCGCUAGCUGUGGCUGAC